GGAGCGCGCAGCACGGCGAUCGGCGGUGCGCUGUGUCCCUCGGACACAGCGGAUCACCGAUCACGGAAAGAGCAGAAGAUGUCAGCUCAGUCAUGUGAUCAGCUGUGUCCAAUCACAGCUGAUCACAUGUAAACAGGUAAAUGCCGGUUAUCGGCAUUUCUCUCCUCUCGAGCUGUCACGCUGACAGCUCUGUAGCCCCAGCAGUGCCACCUGUCAGUGUCCAUCAGUGCCUUGUGUCAGUGCUCAUCCAUGCCACCUGCCAUUGCCCAUCAGUGCCACACCAAUGCCACAUAUCAGUGCCUACCAGUGCCCAUCAAUGCCACAUAUCAGUGCCCAUCUGAUCUGCCUUUCAGUGUCACCCAUCAGUGCCAGUCUGCCACCUAUCAAUGCCCACCUAUCAGUGCUGCCAAUCAGUGCCAGCCAGUGUCGCUUAUCAGUGCUGCCUAUCAG